CAUUAUUUUUGGUUAACAAUAGUUCUUUUUACAAUAACAAUCAUCGAAACAGCGGGAGGUGCAGCAGGUAUGCGAAAUCCUACACGCGCCAUGACUGAUAUCGACACAAGAUGAAAUGCCAUGGUAAGGCAGCCCAAAUUAUAACGAUAUAAAAAGACGGCAGAUGGAACAAACAUCAUUCGGUGAUCGACUUGUAACAGUCGUGGUUCAGUUAUUUUAAACAGUAAUUUGGAAAAUUAUUACUUUUAAAAUGUGUUCAAAACUGAUUAUGGUCACGUGCGCUAUUCUGGCUGUUGUCGCAGCAGAACACAAUCAUGGCUACAACCAUGGCUAUUCCGGUAACUCUGGCUACAAUAAUUACGGGGGCGCUCAUAUUCCCAUUCUUCGGUAUGAGAAUGUAAACAACGGCGAUGGCACUUACCGAUACAGCUAUGAAACUGGCAACGGCAUCUCAGCGCACGAGAGUGGGUCCCCACGUGCUCCGGGCCCCGAGGGCCCCGCGGUGACGGCGGAGGGCGGGUUCUCGUACCGCGCGCCCGACGGCCAGCAGAUCUCCCUCUCCUACACCGCCGACGAGAACGGCUUCCACCCCACCGGCUCGCACAUCCCCACGCCCCCACCCAUCCCUGAGGCAAUCCUCCGCUCUCUCCAAUACAACAGACAAAAUCCGUCUUCAGACAACGGUUAUAACCACGGUGGCAGGCAACACAACAACUACCAUUACUAGGAGAAAAAUGAAAUGAUCCUAUAUUACAUAUAGAAUUUGGCAUGAUAAAGGACCCGAGUGUUAGUUAGGUAUAAGAUAAUUUAUUGUAUAAAGUUGUAUUUGGAAAUAAAACCACAUAAGUACACCAUUUUUACUAUUAUUACCUCGUGUUGUAUUUCCGGAAAUUGUCG